AUGCGCGAGGUGUGGAUGUCACGACAAACACUGGCUUUGGCUGAAUAUUUCUUUCCCGAUCGUGUGAGACCGAGAGCGUUGAUGUUAUACAACCGGAUAUUGCAUGAUAGAAAGAACGUACUUGGUGCAAUGAUGAAUGAACAGAAAAAACAACUAGCCGAUGAUCAAAUGGCUGGACGAGAGGCGAUUGUUCGUCGUGGAAUGCAAUCGAGAGGAUAUAUCAGGAUCGCCCCAUGGUUCAAUCACAACGGGAUUUCAAGGUAA